AGGUGGAAUGUUUUUGUAGAUUGAAAAGGGCGAAGUCCGGUUUCGGGGAGAGCGACGACUCUAAACCCUGUCCUCGACUGCAGGCCACGGGCCACAGAUCUGCUGGUGAUGGAGCUCAGCUGUGUGGCUUCUUCCUCCCGUACUCUCUCGCUGCUCUCCUCCUCCGCCGGUCUUCCCUCGUGCUCCUCGUCUUCGCCUUCUUCUUCCUCCGCUUGCGGCUCGUGGGCCCGCGAGAGGAGGAAGGCGGCUGGAUGGACGUCGAUCAAGGCGUCUGCCGAGGGGAACCGCGAGAGAAUCGACGGAUCGGAAUCCAGGCGCGGGGGGUUCGCCGCUGGCGGCGCUGCCGUGGAGGUCUCUGCAUCGCCGGCGUCCGUCAGCACCACCAACACGACGGUCAUCGACCGGAGCUUCUCCGCCGGCGGGGACUCGGAGUUCCCCGUGUGGGAUAAGAUUGGCGCCAUCGUGAGGGUCAGCUACGGGAUAGGAAUCUAUGGAGCCAUGGCGCUCGCAGGGAAGUUCAUAUGCUCGAUCACUGGGAUUGAUGCAACGGGAGGAUUCCAUCUCUCACUAGGAGCGAUACUGGAGGGUCUGGGCUAUGCUGCUCCACCUAUCAUGGCUUUCCUCUUCAUCCUAGAUGACGAGGUGGUGAAGUAUUCCCCCCAUGCUCGCGCUAUCAGAGAUGUGGAGGACGAGGAACUUCGAAGCUUCUUCUACGGCAUGUCACCGUGGCAGUUCAUACUCAUUGUCACAGCAAGUUCUAUCGGGGAGGAGCUCUUCUAUCGGGUUGCUGUUCAGGGUGCAUUGGCUGGUAUGUUUUUAAGGGGCACUGAACUCAUGAAAGAUGCGCACGGGAUUGCAUGUUUGACUGGCAUGCUGCCUCUCUUUGUCCCUUUUGCUCAAGCCUUUGCAGCAGUUAUAACUGCCACUCUUACCGGAUCUCUUUAUUAUGUUGCGACUGCUCCUAAAGAUCCCACUUACGUGGUUGCACCAGUUUUGAGUUCUAGAACUGGCCGCGAAGAUCUCAAAAAGCUUUUUGCAGCCUGGAACGAGAGGAGGCAAAUGAGGAAGAUAUAUUCGCCCCUUUUAGAAGGACUGCUGGCCCUCUACCUCGGAUUUGAAUGGAUUCAGACCGAUAACAUUCUUGCACCUAUGAUCACACAUGGGAUUUACUCUGCUGUUGUCCUCGGCCAUGGACUCUGCAAAAUCCAUGACCACAGGCGGAAGCUCCGUCAGAGAAUCCAGCAAGUGAGAUCGGAAUGGAAGAAUGCCAAGUCAUAAGACUGCAAACUUUGAAGAAUCUGAAUAAUCGAUAAGCAAGAGCAGUUGUGGACCGUGAGCAAUUACGUUGUGACAUACGACAAAGUAGCUGCCAAGGAAAUGUACAAUAGGACAUACAACAAAGUGGCCACCAAGGAAAUGCACAAUAGGUUAACAUGUAGGGGAUGUUCAGAGAGGUUUUGUUCUACCAUUCAUCUUGUAGAUUCAUCACUUUGCUUCCAGAGGAAUAUGAAGCUUAUGAUGUUACAGCUACAUUGUCACGGGGAAUGUUUUCUUUCUUGCGAUAACCUAUUUUGUAAUGGAAAAAAAGAUACUUGCGUGAUCCAACAAGUGUCUGAAUCAUUUUCUGUCCA